UUACCCUCACCAGCCAGGAGGACUUGGGGGUCGGCACCAUGCCAAGUCUAGUCUAGUGGCUCUUCCGCCUACCAUCUGGCAGCCGAGACCCCUGCCUUAGCUCUGGCUCCUGACUGGAAAAUGACUUAGGGACAGGGUUACUGGUCUGCCCCUGGAAUCGAGUAUCUUUGGCCCUCCUAGUCAUCCUCUCCACCAAAGCUGAGCAGCCACAGACUCCGGGCCUCAGUUUCCUCCUCAGAGUCUGGGAUGUCUCAUGCCCCUGCCGUCUGCUUGAGGGGCGGGGUCGGCGGGUGGGCGGGCACAGUGGCGAAGGUGGGAGGAGGACCUGGAGAGCAGCCCCUCCCCCUCCUCUGCCUGGAGCCGGCGCUCUGCGGCUGGGCGGGCGGCCUCGCAUCCCCUUAGUGCUGGGUUAUGGUGAAGGCGUCGCCCGGCUUUCUGGAGAGGUCGGAAUAGGGGACGGUCCGAGUGGUACCCGCAGUCAUGGUGGUGUUCCUGGGCCGCCACCUCCCGGCGCUCCUCGGGGUCUUUAAGAAGAAGGGCUCUGCCAAAGCUGAGAGUGACAAACGUCUAAGUGUGGGGCCGGGCCAGGGGCCAGGCUCUGUGGUGGAUGAGCACCAGGACAACGUCUUCUUCCCCAGCGGGCGGCCGCCUCACCUGGAAGAGCUGCACACACAGGCCCAGGAGGGGCUCCGUUCCCUACAGCACCAAGAAAAACAGAAACUGAACAAGGGUGGCUGGGACCAUGGAGACACCCAGAGCAUCCAGUCCUCCCGGACAGGGCCGGAUGAAGAUAGCAUCUCCUUCUGCAGCCAGACCACAUCCUACACAGCUGAGAGCUCCACGGCAGAGGAUGCUCUCUCCAUCCGCUCGGAGAUGAUCCAGCGCAAAGGCUCCACCUUCCGACCCCAUGACUCGUUUCCCAAGUCAUCCGGAAAGUCAGGGCGGCGGCGGCGGGAGCGGAGGAGCACUGUGCUGGGGCUGCCGCAGCAUGUGCAGAAGGAACUCGGCCUGCGGAACGAGCGUGAGGCACCAGGUACUCCUUGGCCUCCUGGUCCACGGGAUGCUGUGCGCAUCCCCACAGUGGAUGGCCACCCGGUGGGCUUGGCCUCAGCAACAGGGGCCCGAGUGUCGCUGCAGGCGCUGGAGGCAGAGGCGGAGGCCGGUGCCGAGGCAGAGGCCAUGCUGCAGCGCCACAUCGACCGCGUUUACCGGGAUGACACCCUCGUUGGCCGGUCCACAGGGGCCCGGCCCCCACCACUGAGCCGGCCCAUGUCCCUAGCAGUGCCUGGACUGACAGGAGGGGCCGGGCCUCCAGAGCCCAUGAGCCCGGCCAUGUCCAUCUCGCCCCAGGCCACCUACUUGUCGAAGUUGAUCCCACAUGCUGUGCUGCCACCCACGGUGGAUGUGGUGGCCCUGGGCCGCUGCAGCUUGCGCACACUGAGCCGCUGCAGCCUGCUCGCGGCCAGCCCGGCCUCCAUCCGCUCACUGGGCCGCUUCUCCUCAGUCUCCAGCCCACGUCCCCACAGCCGCCACCCUUCCUCCUCCAGUGACACCUGGAGUCACUCUCAGUCCUCCGAGACCAUUGUGUCUGAUGGCUCCACCCUUUCCUCUAAGGGUGGCUCUGAGGGCCGGCCAGAGGGCUCUGUGGCUAGCAAUAGUGUGGCACCCCCUCCCCAGGGGGGCAGUGGGAGGGGCUCUCCCAGUGGGGGCAGCACGGCUGAAGCCUCAGACACUGUCAGCAUUCGGAGUAGUGGGCAGCUGUCUGGCCGGAGUGUGUCCCUACGUAAGCUGAAGCGGCCCCCACCUCCUCCCCGCCGGACCCACUCGCUCCAUCAGCGGGGCUCAGCAGCACCUGAUGGGCCCUUGGGGUUGCCACCCAAGCCCGAGCGGAAGCAGCAGCCACAGCUGCCUCGGCCGCCCACCACUGGUGGGUCAGAAGGGAUGGGGGCAGCACCCUGUCCAUCCAACUCAGCAGGCAGCUGGGUGCCUGGCUUGUCUCCGGGUGGCUCCCGGCGCCCCCCACGCUCCCCAGAACGGACACUCUCACCUUCCAGUGGAUACUCGAGCCAAAGUGGUACCCCUACCCUCCCUCCCAAGAGUCUAGCAGGGGCCCCUGCUUCCCCAGGCAAGGUUCAACCUCUUAAGCCAGAGCGUGUCACUUCCCUUCGAUCUCCUGGGGCCUCUGUCUCCUCCUCCCUCACGUCUCUAUGCUCCUCCUCCUCUGACCCAGCCCCCUCAGAACGCUCUGGUCCACAGAUGUCGACCAUCCUGGGUGACAGGUUUGUCAUACCUCCUCACCCCAAGGUGCCUGCCCCGUUCUCCCCACCUCCCUCCAAGCCUAAGAGCCCUAACCAAGCUGCCCCUGCUCUGGCUGCCCCUGCUGUGGUCCCUGGGCCCAGCUCUACUGCUGAUGUGAGUCCUGAGUUCCCUCCCACUCCCCAGACAUCCCUGACUCCACCACAGGAGUCUUCCCUUGCCUCCAAAGACCAGUCGCCCCCACCAUCUCCACCCCCAUCUUAUCAUCCACCCCCACCACCCACUAAGAAGCCAGAGGUGGUUGAGGAGGUCCCGUCUGCCCCAGAGAUUGCUGAGGAGCCCCUGCAAGAUCCCAACUGGCCCCCACCACCACCUCCUGCACCUGAGGAGCAGGACCUCUCCAUGGCUGACUUCCCUCCACCCGAGGAGGCCUUUUUCUCCGUGACUGGCCCUGAGCCUGCAGGUCCUUCAGACCCCCCAGAGCCUGUCAGCUCCCUGGUUGCUUUGCCCUCCUCAGCUACUGUCUCUUCCCAGAGCCAGCCCCAUGGUACCCCAGACCCUCCUCCAGCUCCACCAGCCCCACCUCCUGCUGGUUCUGUCACAGGGCUUCUGGCCAAGGCCCCUCGGAGAGAACCCGUGGGCUGCAGCAAGGGCAGUGGGGUUCCCAGGGAGGAUGCUGGUGCACCCCUGGUCACGCCCUCACUCCUGCAGAUGGUCCGACUGCGCUCUGUGGGUGGUCCCACAGUGGCUGCAACCCCAGCAUCAGGGCCAUUGGCCCCCCAGAAGCCACUUCGAAGGGCCCUGUCAGGGCGGGCCAGCCCAGCACCUGCCCCCUCCUCAGGGCUCCAUGCUGCUGUCCGACUGAAGGCCUCCAGUCUGGCUGCCAGUGAGGGCCCUGUGAGUGCCCAGCCCAAUGGACCACCUGAGGGUGAGCCACGGUCUCCCCAGUCCUCUGCCUCUACGGCCAGCUUCAUCUUCUCCAAGGGCACUAAGAAGCUGCAGCUGGAGCGGUCCGUGUCCCCCGAGACCCAGGCUGAUCUCCAGCGGAAUCUGGUGGCUGAACUUCGGAGCAUCUCGGAGCAACGGCCACUCCAGGCCACAAAGAAGCCACAUAAGGCUCCCCCACCCGUGGCCCGCAAGCCCUCUGUGGGAGCCCCACCACCUGCCUCCCCGAGCUUUUCUCGGGCUGAGCCUCUUACUGCUCCUCCCACCAACGGGCUCCCCCCUGCCGAGGACAGGACUAAGGGGGAGCUAGCGGAGAAUGGAGGUGUCCUGCAGCUGGUGGAUCCAGAGGAGCGGAAACUGGGCGUGCCUAGCUCAGACCCACAGAAAGAGCUGGUCUGACCACCAGGCACCUCACUGGCACUGCUGGCCCAUCCCAGGAAUACAAUCUCAGGGACCUGAGCAGCUCCAAGGAUGAGAAGAUACAGCAGAAACUUAACCUAACAGAGAGGAUGCCUGCAGCCUUAACCCACAGCCUUCAAUAUUUAUGCAAGCCUGGUGUCGAUCUGUCCUCCGUCACCCAGCACUCAUGCCUUUUCCCGAUUGGAUUCACCUCUGGCAGCUGCCACUUCAGUCUUGGCCUUAGCCUCAUCUUGAA